AUGGCGGAUUCUCUUAAUGAUCUGGCGAGGAGACUAGUACUGACAAAGGAGGAGGAAGCAGAAGUGGUGGUGGAGGAGGUUCAUCUUCAACCUACGGAGGCGAAGGUGGGGCUUUGUUUGGUAGGUAAACUUCUUACUACGCGUCCAUUCAAUUUUGAGGCGCUUCGGACUACUUUGACCGCGGUUUGGAGAGCAUCUAAAGGGAUCGUGUUUAAGACAUUGGGUGAUAAUUUGUUUUUGAUCAAGUUUGGUCAUAUUGUUGAUAAGAGAAGGGUGAUGCUUAAUGGCCCAUGGAAUUUUGAUAAACAGUUGGUGAUGUGGAGAGAUUUUGAUGGGGAUUUACUACCAUUGGACAUCACCUUCUCCACGAUGGAGUUUUGGGUUCAUGUAUCCAAUCUCCCUCUUAUUAGCAUGACACGGGAUGUGGGGGUUCUGCUAGGUAAUCAACUUGGGAGGUUUGUUGAUAUGGAAUAUGGAGAUGGUGGUAUUGCUUGGGGGCAAUCUCUCUGUAUUCGGGUAGCGAUCAAUAUUGUCAAACCACUACGGCGGGAGUUGAAAUUGGCCUUAAGUGGGCGGGAGUCGGUGUGGAUUACGCUUACGUAUGAGAAACUCCCAAACUUUUGUUUUCACUGUGGUUUGCUUGGCCACAGUGUUCACGACUGUUCGACUAAGAUUUUGGGAGGGAAGGAGGGGGAGUCUGUUAGAAACUCUAAAAUGUUAUCGAAGGAUGUAGAUGUGCAACAAGGUGGUCAAGGGGAUGGCUCAAAUCAUAGCUUUGUUCCGGUGACGGCAAAGCACCGGAGCCCAGAGAAGGAAUCUAUGGGUCAGUCUAAAUCAGGUAAGGAUAAUUUAGCUCCCCCAAUCACCGGGAUUGCAUGUAUACCAGCGGAUUUGGUGGCCUCUUUGGGGGGAUUGGAGGGUGGCGAUCUUCCUUUGGCGCCAAGGCCAGAUAUUCAAACUACGGAGGGCUGGGUUGGGCUCGACCAUGAUUUACAUGGGCCUAAUGUGGAGAGGGUUGUGGAGGUGGCGACUAUAGGGAGGUUAGGGGAAAAGCUUGAUGGGCAAGCGAUUGUGGGCUUGGGGGGAGGAUGGGCCCAAGCUUUGUGGGUUGAUAGGCCCACGUUUAGACUUUUCUGUGAGCGCUGA